AACGAACGGAAAUGGUUGAAAUAAUUAGGGCUAUUUAUUCAAUGCUUGGUACAGAUAAUACAGCUGUUGAUAUUAGUCCAGAAGCUAGAGCUGAAGAAAUUUUUGAUAAAAUGGAUGAAAAUGGUGAUGGUGUAUUAACACGUGAAGAAUUUAUGAAAGGUUGUAUGGAAGAUAGUCAACUUAAAGCUAUGCUAUUAGCUGAUGAUCCAGUUGAAUAA